AUGCAGGACGUCUCGCGCAUGCAGGAGAAUUCCUCCGGCGAUGUGCAGGCUUCCGAAAACAACCGCGACCUCGCCAUCAUCCUUGGCUCUGUUCUCGGCGGCUGCGCCGCUCUGCUCAUCAUCGGCAUCCUGAUCUGGGUUAUGCGGAGAAAGAAAACGCAGGGCUCCUCGAUGAUCUCCAGAGCCGUCACGCCAUUGGACGACGCCGAGUUCGAAUCGUGGCGCAGGCCGAGCAAGCAGCUCCAAUGGCGCGAGAAGUACAACGUUCUCCCCGAGCCGCCCGUGCCUGCUCUUACUCGCAUGCCAUCGUCAUCCCGCCGGAAUCGCCACAGUCGACAAAUAAGCCGACUGAGCCAGCUGACUGAGAAGGAGCUCGAGGACGAAACCCCCAUGUACUCGUACCGGCCAAAGCCCAGCCGCACUCCCGAACCGGGAAUCGCGGUCCAUGAACACGUCCGAAACAAAUCAAGCCUCUCGUUGCAAGACCGACCGCCUACGCCAUAUUCGCCAACCUCCAGCAAAGAAUCCCCCAAGUUUCCGACGCAACCGACGCACACAAGGCCAAAGUCCGUGUCACAGCGCACCAAUCACGUACAUUACCCCUCUAUGUCUGAAGCCUCGGAUUUUGACUUUGGAUUCCAACAGAACAACAACAUCUACGACAAGAUCUAA